AUGCUGGAGCCACAGCAGCAGCAGCAACAGCAAGUGCAGCAGCUGCAGCAGCAGUUGCAGCAGCACCUGGAGGCCUCAGGCCUCUCGGAGUUGCUGCUCUCAGGAUGGAGACCUGAGCAGCAAACUGCAGCAGCAGAAGGGGCCCCCCCGGAGGCCCCCAGCUGCCUGGGGCCCCAAUAUGGGUCUGGCAGCAGCAGCAGCAUUUUCGCGGGGUCACAGCAGCAGCAGCAGCAGCAGCAGCAGCAGCAGCAGCAGCUUCGGGGGGAGCAGCUCCCCUCUUCACGCGCCUCGCAAGGGGAGACACGCGGGCUUUGCUUCGUGCUGCAGCAGCAGCAGAUGCGCUUUCUUGUUUAG